AUGUCUCGUGCAAAAUCUAAGCAUAAUAAUAUGGAAAUAUGUGGUGACUGCGGAGCUUUAGAAGCCACAUGGGCCUCAGUUAAUAAAGGAAUAUUAUUAUGUACUCAGUGUUGCAGCAUUCACAGAAGUUUAGGAAGACACAUUUCUCAGGUCAAGUCUAUACCAAAAAGUACAUGGCAACCAAAUCAACUCAAUAUGGUUUAUGCAUUAAAUAAUAAUGGUGCAAAUAACAUUUGGGAGAAUGCCUUACUUGAAAAUGGAGGAAAGUUAAUGAAAAAGAAGCCUAAUGCUAAAGAUCCCUUAAGUGUGAAGCAGGAAUACAUUAGACAAAAACAUCUUCAGUGCACAUAUGCAUUCAGAGAAAACUAUGAGGAUGGGCUGAUAAGUGUAGAAAAUGAGCUGGGAAAACAACUUCAUGCUAGUGUACGAACUCCGAACCUAGAAACAUCAUUUAGACUACUUGCUCUGGGAGCAGACCCUAACUAUUUUCAUGAUGAAAAGGGAUCCACUCCACUUCAUGUUGCUACUAAAUCCGAUCAGAAAUUACAGGUGGAAUUAUUGUUAGUGUAUGGAGCUGACCCAUCUUGCCCUGACAGUCAAGGAAAAUCGCCUAUUGAUUAUGCAAGAGCCCUAACAAAUAAAGAUUUAGUAAAUCGACUCACAGACAGCCAAUAUGAAGUCACUGACACCUUCAGCUAUUACUUGUCGCUUAGGAAACCAGAUCACACAAAUGGAAUUCAUUUCUAUAUACCACAGACUGGUUUUAAAUCAAAUUCACAAUCACUGACCAAGCUGCAAAAGUUGAGUAAUCAUGUUUUUGAAGAACUAGCUAUGGAUGUAUAUGAUGAAGUAGAUAGGAGGGAGACAGAAGCUAUUUGGCUUAGCUGUGCCGACACCACAGACCUUAACGACGUUCCUUUUCUGCCAGUCGACAACACGUUAUCUACUACACGAAACCAAGGAAGACAAAAACUAGCUAGAUUCUCGACUCCCGAGCUAAAAAGUUUGGUCUACGAUAUUUUAGUUGAUACACAGAGACGACAGAUGGUAUCUGAUAAAAGUAAUAUAUUACAACUACGAGAAGUGUCAACUGUAGACGAAGAUCCUCUGUAUGACUCUGUAGCUUCUGAUGACGAUUACGCUGUUAUUCCAGAUGAAGAGUCUCCAAAAUCAGACAAACCUCCGACCAGCAAUAGCGAUAAAGACAGUAUAGUAUCUCUAGAUAGUAUUAGCAAAACGAAUAAAGUUCUGGAGCAGCUUACGAAGCAGCUGAAGAAUUCUGAUAAUACCAUCACAGAUCUUCGAGCUGAAGUAAUGAAAUUGAGGCAGUGUGUAAAGGUGUUGCAAACGGAAAAUACUGACCUAAAGAGUAGAUUGUCUGAAGGUAAAUUGACGUCCAGAACAAAUGGAGAUAGCGGGUUUGAUUCCUUGGAGUUCAUUGCAGAGGUUCAAGGAAGUGACGAGACAGUUAGUAACGGCGUAUCUGCCGAUGAAAUAGAUUUUAGAAGAAGCAAACGCAUUCAAAGACCAACUAGUAUGUACGAAACUAGAGAAGGUAUCGGUAAAGUGUCAAAUUGGCAAGCAAUGAAGAACCAAAUGAAACACGGUGACGCUAGAGGUACCCAAAGUCUUUAUUCAUCACCACAGAACCGAGAAACGAUCUUAAAGUGUACUGAACAAAUCACAUGGACUAUUCAACAUUUGUGUAAAGCCAUUCAAGAACCCGAUAAAGAAGAAUGUGUGUCUAGUGCCGAAAAAGUUAAAGUGUCCGUAUGUAGGUUAGCUUCAUUCUUGCCAAAGGAACAAGAAGCAGAUCGACUGAAACUGAUGAUAGAGUUGGUGUCAAGACUUCAUCCCGAAUGCUCAGCCCUCCAAACCUCCAAUCAAAAUAACGACACCAAAUCUUUGGAACUCCAUUUUGGAAAUAUCAGGGAAAUCGCCUUCCACCUUGCCAAAUUUACUAAAGAUAUAGUGACCAAAUAUUCUUCUAAUCACUAG